CAUCAACCAAUUCAUGGUUAUGAAUGUUUCAGAUCAUAGGGAGUUUUCUUUAGUACUCUCGAACACAAACUCGAUUCUAUUAUUUCUGCAGGAAAGUAGAUGGCAACUGAAGCAGUGAUCAUUCAAGAACCUGUUUCCAUAGUGGAAAAAAUUGCAACUGAAUCAGUGAUUAUUCAAGAACCCAUUUCCAUAGUGGAAAAAAUGGCAACUGAAGAAGUGAUCAUUCAAGAACCCAUUUCAAUAGUGAAAACAGCAGAGAGCAAGCACUUGACCUUGGAAGUAGCUGCCAAUAAUAAGGGGAUCGAAACGGCAUAUAUCAUCACUGAAAGCAAUACUGGAAUCUCUAAAGGUGAAAGUUUUUUAGUAUCACCUGAGAUUUCCAUGGUUGCCAAUGAGACCAGUGGAAUGUUAGAACACACUGAGGUGGAUGGCACUCCAUUUAAAGAAGAGAAGAUACUAGAGGACAAAGAAAAAACAGUGGUUUGGAUCGAAGAAGAGGACCGAACUCGAGACGGAAUUGAAAAGGGUGACAUGGAUCAUGGCCUUGAAGAACUCGAGAAACAAGCUUCAAUGGAUUCUCAUAAUCCAAUAGUGGACAACUUACCCUCAAUGGUAGCUGAAAGCGAAGAGGUUGCUCGCGUACAUGAACCUGAAGAGAACAAAUGCGUCAAUGGAGAAAAUGAUGCCAGCCAAGAUGAGAAUUUGUUCGAUACUUCUUCCAUCAAGAAAACCAAAGAGCUGCAAUCUCAAGCCUCUGAUAUCAGGAUGGAGAAUAUUGUUGAAGAGUGUCCAAGAGAAGAAACUGGACAAUGUGAGAUCGAUGAGAAAACUGACCAAGAUUUCAGCACGUCAAAUGAAUUAUGUAAGGAUGAUGCAAACUCUGAAUCGGAAAAGGUUGCAGUGGACGCAAUAAAGGCAGAAGACAAGGAGCUGGCCAUGACGGUGGCAUCAGAUGAAAUGGAAAUAGAUGAGGAAUCCGCAAUUGCAAUGCCUAAAGAAUACAUUACUGAAGCAGAACAUGUUUCAAAUCCAAAUGAGAAGCCUGCAAAUCCUAUGAAUGCAGUUUACAAAGAUGCCAACAUUGACAUCUCUGGUGAAACUGCAAAAACAAGCACAAGCAUCGAAGAGGCAACAUCUGUCAAAGACCAUGAAGACAGAUCUGAGGGAGAUGGGAGGGAAACGAUGUCUGUUAAAGAGGUCCAUGAAGAAUCAGAAAUGGAAGCUUCAGGUACUGGAAAAGAAAAUCCGGAAACGAAGGAACAUCCAAUACCUGACAUCUCUGAUUCAUCAAUUACAGAUGAAACUGCAAAGGAAAGCAUGAAGGAAGUUGAAAGCAGCCUAAUGAAGUUGACAGAAGAGGCUACCAACUCGAAUGUCACGGAAAUGAACUCUAUAGAGCAAAGAGCAAAGCCAGAUAAUGAUCCAAGUCCAUUUGAUGAAAAGGAGUCGAAAGAAGAAAUACAACAAACCCUCGAAGAGGACCUUGUUCGUGGCUCUUCGUUUGAGCUCAAGGAAUCCAGAAUGGAAACUGAAGAAGAAACAUCAGUAAAAGAAGAUGAAGCAGAAGGGGAAAAGAAUGUUGUUGCGGUCAAAGAGAUUGGCCUAGCCACAACUGAACAUGACGUGAUCGGUGUAGAAGGUGCUAACAUUGAUGUGAAUUCAAUGGACUUCUCUGUAACAUGCGAGAAGAACGUGGAGGCUCCCAAACCCCGAGAAGAAGAUGGAAUGCAGGAUAAAAUUCAGAAUGCAGUAAGUGAAGAUAGAAAGGAGAUGACCACUGAGGAUGUUCCCUUGAAAGAAGCAAUAGGAGAUGAAAUUAAGGAACAUUCUACCAUUCCUUCAGAAGAAUACGAAACCGCUGAAGAAAGGAAAAUAACAGAUGAAACUUUGGAAAAAGAUAGGGCGUAUAAGCACUUAGAAAAGGUUGCAGCGGACGUGGAAGUUGUACUAGACACAGACAAAAAGCCGGCAGUAACUGGGGCAUUAGAUGAAAUGAAAAGGGAAGAGGAAUCCACUGUCCUGACGCCUGAAGGAAAACAGGAGGAAGAGAUCCCAAUCCAGCAGAAAAAUGAACCCGAAAAGGAGAUGCCUUCAUGUCCCCUGAAUGUAGUUCAUGAGGAUGUCAAUACUGCCAUCUCUCGUGAAACUACAGAAACAAGCACAAGCAUCAGAGAAAAAACAUCACUCGAAAACCAUGAAGAAAGAUCCGAGAGAGAAGGGAGGGAAGACUCAUCGACCGAACACCAACAAAAUGAAGUAAAUGAGAAUACCAAAACUAUGGAACUUGAGAUUUCAAACGACAAUGCUGAUGAUUUACAUGUUACUGAUUCAUCAGUUCAACAAUCAGCUGAAAACGGGUAUGAAAAGCAAUUUGAGUUCUCUGAUGUUCAACCCGAAGAACAAGUCGAUGAUGCAAUGGUUGCAGUCAAGGAGAAGGAAAAAGUUAGUGAAGAUGCCUCCAAAGCAAGUCAAAGCAGUGAUUACACAAUUCCAGAGCACAUAUUCACAGAAGCAGCGGCAACAGAUUUGAAAUCUGAAACAAGUGAAAUGGGCAAUGAAAACACAAUGUUUGUAAAAGAGGCAUAUCACUUGAACUCCGGCUCAGAGUGCAAUGAAGCUUUAAAAAACAAACACAAGGGGAUACGACAAGAGCUAAAUGAUCACAUAGAAGAUAACUCGAAACACGAAGAAACUAAAGAGGUCUCUGAAAAGCUGGAACUGGACAACACAGUUGAGAAUGAUGGAAAACAAAUCCUAGAGGAAGACACCAACAAUGAUCAGAUUACACUUAAAGAGGUGUGUGAAGGAUCAGAAACUGAAGCUUUGGGUACAGCAAAAGAAGAAAUAACUCUAAUCAAAGUCAAAGAAGAACUUGUCUGCAGCUCUUCGUUUGAGCUCGAGGAGUCUAAAAUGGAUACUGAAGAAGCAACAGCAGUAAAAGAACGUAUCGAUACUGCUGAUUUGGACUGCACAUCACAAGCAGCGGAAAUGUUAGAAACAAACUUAAAGGAAGCUAAAGCCGAAGCAGAAGAAGAAGAGGAAAAGAAUGAAAUAAAUAAUGUCAGUGAUGAUGAAGAUCAUGGGAAUGGUUUAGGAAGUGCUGACAUUGAUGCAAAAUCAGCAGAAUCGUGCAUGACAGGUGAGAAGGACAUAGAUAUUCCCCAAGAAGAAGAUAGAAUGCAGGAUAAAAUUCUGAAUGCAGGCAGUGAAAAUCAAAUGGAAAUGACCACCGACGAGAUUCCGUUGAAAGAUAUAAUAGGAGAUGAUGUUAAGGAACAUUCUGCUAUGCAUUCAGAAGAAAACGAUGCAACUCUCUUAGAAGAGAGGAAAUUAGUUGAUGAAACUUCGGAAGAAGAUCAAGCUCAACAGAAGCACUCAGAAAACGUUGUGGUGGAUGUGAAAGUUGUACAAGUGACAGGCGAGGAGCUCGCUAUAACAAAGGGAUCGGAAGAAAUGAGAAAGGACAAAGAAUCCAUUGUUCCAAUGCCUGAAGGAGAAAUUAGUGAAGUAGAAAAUAUUGGUCUCGCACGGAAGAAUCAGGAGGGAAAUUCCGAGAAGGACGAAAUCCUAGAGGAGAGCUUCAAGCAAAAGAAUGAACCCGAAAAGGAGAACCGUGCAUGUCCUUGGGAUGCAGUUUCUGAGGAUGUCAAUACUGCCAUCUGUGCCGAAACUGCAGAAACAAGCACAAGCAUCGAAGAAGCAACACCAGUCAAAGACCAAGACGAGAGAUCCGAGGGAGAAACUAGGGAAGACUCACCAACAGACCACCUACAAGCAAGUCAGAGUAAUGAAACAGUGGAAGUUGAGAUUUCAAACGAGAAUGCUGAUGAUUUACAUGUCACUGACUCAUUCGUUGGACAACUAAUGGACAAUGAGCACGAAAAGCAGUACAAGUUCUCCGAUGUUGAACCAGUGGAAAAUGAAGCUUUAGAACACAAAGAAGAGAGUAUACAGCAGGAGUCAGAGAACAGAAGUGCUCUACCAAAGGAUGCCAAGGAGAACGUAGAAGAUAACUUAAAUCAGGAAGAAACCAAAGAGGUUCAUGAAGGCUCAACAUCCAUCGUGAAGGAAGAAUGUGCUACCAUCAAUGACUCACUGAAAGCUACAGAAGAAAAUGAAAAUGAAGCCACACCUGAAGUAGAGGUCUGUGAAAAGCUGGAACCAGACAACACAGUUGAGAAUUCCGAAAAAAAAAUUCUAGAGGAGGAAGAUAACAAGAAGGAUCAGACAACACUAAUGACCAAGACGAUGGAAGAAAAAGCUAAAGAAGAGAAUACUGCAGCAGUGGUUUCGAUAACAGAGGAGUCAAAAGAAGAAAUAGCACCAAUAGAAGUGAAAGAAGAUCAUGUUCCUAGUUCCUCAGUUGAGCUUGGGGAGUCCAAAAACGAUACUGAAGAAGAAAACUCAGCAUCAUGUACAGCAGAAACCGAAGAAACAAAUAUAAAGGAAGCUGACGCUGAACUAGAAAAGGAAAAGAACCAAAAAUGUAAUGUUGUUGUCAUCGAAGAGAACAGCUCAGCAAGAACAGAACAUGAACAUGAACAGAUUCGUGUAAGCAGUGCUGAAAUUGAUGUGAAAUCAGGGAACUCAUACGUAACAGACGAGAAGGACAUGGAGAUUCCCGAAGAAGAAGAUGCAAUGCAGGAUAAAGUUCACAAUGAAGGAAGUGAAAAUCAAUUGGAGAUGACCACCAAGGAGAUUCCCUUGAAAGAAAUACUAGGGGAUGAAGUGAAAGAAUAUGAGGCCACACUCAUUGAAGAAAGGAAAAUAACUGAUGAAACUUCAGAAAAAGAUCAUGAUUCAUGUGAGCACUCAGAAACUCCAGUGCCACAAGUAACGGAUGAGAAAUUAAUUCAAAAUGAAGAUAAUCCGCUAGCAGAUGUCCCUAAAGCUGAGCCUGAAGAUACGGGAAAUGAGAGUAGACAUGAAGUCGAGGAACAGUUGGCUGAGGAAUCUAAUCUAGAUGUCACCGAUGUCUCUAGUGGUGAAGAACAUGGAGAACUAGAGAAUCAAACCGAUGCUUGCAAAGCAAAAACACUGCCAGUAGAAAAUUCAUCAGAUGUAGGACUAGAAAGGUCAAAAUUUGAAGAUGGAAAGCCACUGGAUGGAACCAUGGAUUUGGAAGCAACCUUGGGCACUUGCAAGGAUGGCGAAAAGGCUACUAAAGAAGAGAAUUCAGCUAAGAACAUAGAAAAAACUGAAAGCUUGAAAGAAGAUGCUGAAAAAGAAAAAGAAAAUCAGAUUCCUGAGAUGGUUACCAUGACUUAUAAUGCAAGGGUGGCAGACUACCGUUCAGUCUCAACUGAAUGUUUCAUGGAAGCCAAGUCCAAAGAGCAGAUAGUUGCAGAAAACCUGGAGGUCAAAGAACAUUUAACCAAUGAUGGAGAAGCAUCCCACAUCACCAAAGAAUUAGAAGAAAUGAGACAGGCUGAAGAGUCCGGAGAUCCUGUAAGUCUAUGUAGCGAAGAUCGAGAAGCCGAAGAGAAAACUGAGGUGAUUAUUGAUGACUCGAAACCGUGUCAUGAGGAGAGUUGUAUUGAAGCAGUAACAGAAGUAACAGCAGAGACGAGCUUGAACGACGCCGACAAGAUUGUAAAUGCAUCAAAUAUCAGCUCAGCCGAGACGACUGUAGGAAAUAUUAAGAGUGAUGCUCAAGAGACAGAAGUGGAGAAUGUGUGGCUUGAAGAGAUAUCCUCUGAAUUGGAUCCUGAUGUCCUAACUAAAGACAAUGAUGAAGUGCAAAAGCAGAAUCUAAAUAUGGAAACUGUGGACAAGGAUGAAGCUGAGGUUGCUGAAAAGCUAGAACCGGACAACACAGUUGAGAAUGAUGGAAAACAAAUUCUAGAGAAGGAAGACACCAACAAUAAUCAGAUUCCAAUUGAAGAGGUGUGUAAAGGAUCAGAAACUGCAGCUUCAGGUACAGCAAAAGAAGAGAUAACUCCAAUUGAAGUCAAAGAAGAACUUGUCUGUAGCUCUUCAUCUGAGCUCGAGCAGUCCAAGAUGGAUACUGAAGAAGCCGCCACAGUAAAAGAAUAUAUCAGUACUGCUGUGUUGGACUGCACAUCACAAGCAGCAGAAACGGAAGAAACAAACUUAAAAGAAGCUAAAGCUGAACCAGAAGAGGAAAAGAAUGAAAUAAAUAAUGUUGUUGAUGGUGAAGAUGAUGAGAUUGGUUUAGAAAGUGCAGACAUUAAUGUAAAAUCCGAAGAUUUGUGUGUGACAAGUGAGGACAUCGAGACUCCCCGAGAAGAAGAUAGAAUGCAGGAUAAAAUUCCUAAUGCAGGAAGUGAAAAUCAAAUGGGAAUGACCAUUGAGGAGAUUCCAAUGAAAGAGGUAUCGGGAGAUGAUGUUAAGGAAGGUUCUACUAUGCCUUCAGAAGAAAAUGAUGCAACUCUCAUUGAAGGGAAGAAAAUAGUUGAUGAAACUUCAGAAGAAGAUCAAGCUCUACACAAACCCCCUGAAAAUGUUGUGGAUGCAAAAGUUGUACAGGAGACAGAUGAGGAGCUGGCUAUAACAAAGGGAUCAGACGAAAUGAGAAAGGACGUUGAAUCCAUUGUUCCAAUGCCUGAAGUAAAAACUAGUGAAGUAGAAAAUAUUGGUUUCAUACAGAAGAAUCAGGAGGAAAAUUCCCACAAGGACGAAAUCCAGGAGGAGAGCUUCAAGCAAAAGAAUGAACCCGAAGAGGAGAACCAUGCGUGUCCUUUGGAUGCAGUUUCUGAGGAUGUCAAUACUGCCAUCUGUGCCAAAACUGCAGAAACAAGCACAAGCAUCGAAGAAGCAACAUCAGUCAAAGACCAUGACGAGAGAUCUGUGGGAGAAAUAAGGGAAGACUCACCAACUGACCACCUACAAACUAAAGCAAGUUACAUUAAUGAAACUGUGGAAGUUGAGAUUUCAAACGAGAAGGCUGAUGAUUUACAUGUUAUUGAUUCAUAUGUUGGACAACUAGUGGACAAUGAGCACGAAAAGCAGUAUGAGCUCCUCAGUGUUCAACCAGUGGAAAAUGAAGCUUUAGAACACAAAGAAGAGAGUAUACUGCAGCAGCCGGAGAACUGCAGUGCACAGAAACCUGAACCAAAGGAUGCCAUGGAGAACUUAAAACAUGAAGAAACCAAAGAGGUUCAUGAAGGUCCAAUGUCGAUCGUGAAGAAAGAAUGUGCUAUCAUCGAUGACUCACUGAAAGCUACAGAAGAAAAUGAAAAUGAAGCCACACCUGAAGUAGAGGUCUGUGAAAAGCUGGAACCAGACAACACAGUAGCGAACGCCGAAAAACAAAUUCUAGAGGAGGAAGACAACAAGAAGGAUCAGACAACACUAAUGACUGAGACGAAGAAAGAAAAAGCUAAGGAAGAGAAUACUGCAGCAGUGGCGUCGAUAACAGUGACGAGCUACACAAUCAUUGAGGAAACAGAGUCCAUAGAGGAAACAGCAAAGCCAAAUAACGGUUCUAGUCUGUAUGAUAUUGUACAGGAGUCAAAAGAAGAAAUAACACCAAUAGAAGUGAAAGAAGACCGGGCUCGUAGUUCGGAGUUUGAGCUCAAGGAGUCCAAAAAUGACACCGAAGAAGAAAUCUCAGCAUCAUAUCCAGCAGAAACAGAAGAAACAAACAUAAAGGAAGCUGAAGCUGAUGCUGAUGCUGAAGCUGAUGCUGAAGCUGAAAGAGAAAAGAGAAAUAACGAAAUAUAUAAUGUUGUUGUCAUCGAAGAGAACAGCUCAGCAAGAACUGAACAUGAAGAGAGUGGUGUAUGCAGUGCUGAAAUUGAUGUGAAAUCAGGGGACUCGUACGUAACACACGAGAAGGACAUGGAGAUUCCCGAAGAAGAAGAUGCAGUGCAGGAUAAAGUUCCUUAUGCAGGAAGUGAAGAUCAAUUGGAGAUGACCACCAAGGAGAUUCCCUUGAAAGAAACAUUAGGAGAUGAAGUGAAGGAAUAUGAGGCAACAUUCUCUGAAGAAAGGAAAAUAACUGACGAAACUUCAGACAAAGAUCAGGAUCAGCGUGAGCACUCAGAAACUCCUAUGCCACAAAUAAUGGAUGAGAAAUUAAUGCAAAUUGAAGAUAAUCCGCUAGUAGAUGUCCCUAAAGCUGAGUCUAAAGAUAUGGGAAAUGAAAGUGGACAAGUAGUUGAGGAACAGUUGGCCGAGGAAUCUAAUCUAGAGAUCACCGAUGUCUCUACCGUUGAAGAACACAGGGAACUUGAGAAUCAAACCAAUGCUUGCGAAGCAAAAGCACUGCCAGUUGAAAAUCCGUCAGAUGUAGGACUGGAUAGAUCAAAAAUUGAAGAUGGAAAGCCAUUGGAUGAAGCUGUGGAUUUGGAAGCAACCUUGGGUACUCACAAGGAUGAUGAGAAGGCUACCGAAGAAGAGAAAUUAGCUAAGAACAUAGAGAAACCGGAAAGCUUGAAGGAAGAUACUGAAAUAGAAAAAGAAAAUCAGAUUCCUGAGAUGGUUAUCAUGACUUAUAAUGCAAAGGUGGAAGACUACAGUUCUGUCUCAACUGAAUGUUUCAUGGAAGCAGAGUCCAAAGAGCAGAUAGUUGCAGAAAACCUGGAGGUCAAAGAACAUUCAACCAAUGAUGGAGAAGCAUCCCACAUCACCAAAGAAUUAGAAGAAAUGAGACAGGCUGAAGAGUCCGGAGAUCCUGUAAGUCUGCGUAGCAAAGAUCGAGAAGCAGAAGAGAAAACUGAGGAGAUUAUUGAUGACUCGAAACCGUGUCAUGAGGAGAGUUGUAUUGAAGUUGUAACAGAAGUAACAGCAGAGACGAGCUUGAACGACGCCGACAAGAUUGUAAAUGCUUCAAAUAUCAGCUCAGCUGAGACGACUGUAGGAAAUAUUAAGAGUGAUGCUCAAGAGACAGAAGUGGAGAUUGUGCAGCUUGAAGAGAUAUCCUCUGAAUCGGAUCCUGAUAUCCGAACUAAUGAAAAUGAUGAAGUGCAAAAGCAGAAUCUAAAUAUGGAAACUGUGGACAAGGAUGAAGCUGAGGUUGCUGAAAAGCCAGAACCGGACAACACAGUUGAGAAUGAUGGAAAACAAAUUCUAGAGAAGGAAGACACCAACAAUAAUCAGAUUCCAAUUGAAGAGGUUUGUAGAGGAUCAGAAACUACAGCUUCAGGUACAGUGGAAAAAGAAAUAACUAUAAUCGAAUUCAAAGAAGAACUUGUCUGCAGCUCUUCAUUUGAGCUCGAGGAGUCCAAAAUGGAUACUGAAGAAGAAACAGCAGUAAACAAACACAUCAAUACUGCUGAUUUCUAUUGUACAUCACAAGCAGCAGAAACGGCAGAAACAAACUUAAAGGAAGCUAAAGCUGAACCAGAAGAAGAGGAAAUUAAUGAAAUAAAUAAUGUUGUUGAUGGUGAAGAUGAAGGGAUUGGUUUAGAAAGUGCAGACAUUGAUGUAAAAUCAGUAGAAUCAUACGUGACAAGUGAGAAGGACAUCGAGAUUUCCCGAAAAGAAGAUGGAGUGCAGGAUAAAUUUCCAAACACAGGAAGUGAAAAUCAAAUGGAAAUGACCUCUGAGGAGAUUCUGUUGAAAGAGGUAUUAGGAGAUGAUGUUAAGGAACAUUCUACUAUGCCUUUGGAAAAAUAUGAUACGACUCUCAUUGAAGAGAGGAAAAUAGCCGAGGACACUUCAGAAGAAGAUCAAGAUCCACACAAGCACUCAGAAAACGUUGCGGUGGACGUGAGAGUCAUACAGGUGACAGACAAGGAGCUGGCCAUAACAAAGGGAUUGUAUGAAAUGAGAAAGGACGAGGAAUCCAUUGUUCCAAUGCCUGAAGUAAAAACUAGUGAAGUAGAAAAUAUUGUUGUCGUACAGAAGAAUCAAGAGGGAAAUUCCCACAAGGACGAAAUCCAGGAGAGCUUCAAGCAAAAGAAUGAACCCGAAAAGGAGAACCAUGUGUGUCCUUUAGAUGCAGUUUCUGAGGAUGUCAAUACUGCCAUCUGUGCCGAAACUGCAGAAACAAACACAAGCAUCGCAGAAGCAACAUCAGUCAAAGACCAUGACGAGAGAUCCGAGGGAGAAACUAGGGAAGACUCACCAACUGACCACCUACAGCCUAAAGCAAGUCAGAGUAAUGAAACCGUGGAAGUUGAGAUUUCAAACGAGAAUGCUGAUGAUUUACAUGUUACUGACUCAUUCGUUGGACAACUAAUGGACAAUGAGCACAAAAAGCAGUACAAGUUCUCCGAUGUUGAACCAGUGGAAAAUGAAGCUUUAGAACACAAAGAAGAGAGUAUACUGCAGGAGUCAGAGAACAGAAGUGCACUACCGAAGGAUGCCAUGGAGAACGUAGAGGAUAACUUAAAUCAGGAAGAAACCAAAGAGGUUCAUGAAGGCCCAACAUUGAUCGUGAAGGAAGAAUGUGCUAUCAUCAAUGACUCACUGAAAGCUACAGAAGAAAAUGAAAAUGAAGCCACACCUGAAGUAGAGGUCUCUGAAAAUCUGGAACCAGACGGCACCGUUGAGAAUACAGAAAAACAAAUUUUAGAGGAGGAAGAUAACAAGAAAGAUCAGACAUCACUAAUGACGGAUACGAUGAAAGAAAAAGCUGAAGAAGAGAAGAAUGCAGCAGUGGUCUCGAUAACAGAGGAGUCAAAACAAGAAACAACACCAAUAGAAGUGAAAGAAGACCAUGUCUGUAGUUUGUCGCUUGAGCUCAAGGAGUCCAAAAAGGACAUUGAAGAAGAAACCUCAGCAUCAUGUGUAGCAGAAACAGAAGAAACAAACAUAAAGGAAACUGAAGCUCAUGCUGAAGUCGAAAAGGGAAAGAACGAAAUAAAUAAUGUUGUUGUCGUCGAAGAGAACAGCUUAGCAAGAAGUGAACAUGAAGAGAGUGGUGUAUGCAGUGCUGAAAUUGAUGUGAAAUCAGGGGACUCUCACGUAACACACGAGAAGGACAUGGAGAAAGAAGAAGAUGCAAUGCAGGAUAAAGUUCCAAAUGCGGGAAGUGAAGAUCAAAUGGAGAUGACCACAAAGGAGAUUCCCUUGAAAGAAAUAUUAGGAGAUGACGUGAAGGAAUAUGAGGACACACUCAUUGAAGAAAGGAAAAUAACUGAUGAAACUUCAGAAAAAGAUCAGGGUUCCUGUGAGCACUCAGAAACUCCUGUGCCACAAAUAACGGAUGAAAAAUCAAUUCAAAAUGAAGAUAGCCCGUUAGUAGAUGUCCCUAAAGCUAAGCCUGAAGAUACAGGAAAUGAGAGUGGACAUGAAGUCGAGGAACAGUUGGCGGGGAAAUCUAAUCUAGAGGUCACCGAUGUCUCUAGUGGUGAAGAACAUAGAGAACUAGAGAAUCAAACCCAUGCAUGCGAAGCGGAAACACUGCCAGUUGAAAAUUCAUCAGAUGUAGGACUGGAAAGAUCAAAAUUUGAAGAUGGAAAGCCAUUGGAUGGAGCCAUGGAUUUGGAAGCAACCUUGGGUACUAGCAAGGAUGACAAAAAGGCUACAGGAGAAGAGAAUUUUGCUAAGAACAUAGAAAAACCGGAAAGCUUGAAGGAAGAGACUGAAAUGGAAAAAGAAAAUCAGAUUCCUGAGAUGGUUAUCACGAAUUAUAGUGCAAAGGUGGAUGACUACAGUUCAGUCCUAACUGAAUGUGUCACGGAAGUCGAGACCAAAGAGCAGAUAGUCGCAGAAAACUUGCAGGUUGAAGAAUAUUUAACCAGUGAUGGGGAAGCAUCCCACAUCACCAAAGAAUUCGAGGAAAUGAGACAGGAUGAGGAGUCCAGAGAUCCUGUAAGCCUGCAUAGCGAAGAUCGAGAAGCAGAAGAGAAAACUGAGGAGAUAAUUGAUGACUCAAACUUGUGUUAUAAUGAGAGUCGUAUUGAAGCAGUAACAGAAGUAAGAGAAGAAACGGUGGACAACCUAACCCAGGACCAUGAGCUUGUAGAGACAAAGAGUGAAGCCUCCAAAAUUUCAAAAGCUGAGCUACUGGGGGAAAUAGAUCAUAUGGGUUCCCCUAAUACUGUUUUAGAAGUAAAACUUGAGGAGCAAUUUCAAACUUCUUAUUGCUCAUUUCUUUCUGAGACUGAAGCAAGUCCUGUUGAAAAGAUCAAAGAAGAGAUGCAGAAGGAUGAUGAAAUAAAACAAGAAUGUCGAGGAGGUUCAUCUGAAACAAAGACAAUAGAAGAGGUAUGCUUGUCAAAUGAACAAACAGAAGCAGUCUCAGAAGAAGAAACUAUUGCUGACCAGGCUCCUCUAACUGAUGGACCAGUGGAGCAAAUUCAAACUACAUCUUCAACAUUACCUUCUGAGGAAAGUGAGCAUGGAACCAGAGCCAUCAGUGAGGCGAAAGAAUAUGGAAAAACAAAGGGAGAAGUACCCACUAAGCUAGAUGUUCUUACAGGAGGUGUAGUAACUGGUGAGCAGACUCUCUCAGGUAAUAAACCAGAGGAGGGCACUACAAGCACUCCAUUGGUUUUUGAGGAAGACAAUGAAGAAAAUAUAUGCAUAGAAGAAGAGAAAAUAUAUGAAGCAGACAUGAUUCCAGACAAGAUUUCAGAAGAUCUUUCAGUUGCAGAUACAACGGCAGAGAUAUGCCUGGAAAAAGAAGAAUUUCUCAAGCUUGAUGAUGGUAAAAAUGAUGACACUGAAAAAGAAGAUGAGAAAACAAACGAAGGGGAACUCAUAAGAAACGAGAUUCAAGAAGAUGCUAAGGAGGCAAAGACAGCAUUAAAGAUAUGCUCACAAACCGAAAGGUCUGUCAAACCAGAAGCUGUUGCAGAAGAUGAAAUGGCAGUCAGUGAGACUCUCACUGAGAAGACAUCAGAUGAACAGAUUCAGAAUCCAACCUCUGCACUGCCUUCAAAGGAAGAGGAAUGUGAAAGAACUAUAACAGAUGAGAUGAUAGAAAGUGUGAAAACACAAGAUUAUAAUGAAGAAGAUGCAUCCUUGCAGAAGGACCGGCUUCAAGAGGAUGAAGCUCUUGCAGUAGAUGACAAUGCUUCUUCGGAAGUGAUCCAGACAGAAAAACACAAAGAUCUUCCGAAUCCUGCUGACAUAUUGCCAACAGAUCACCUUCAUCUUACAACCUCUGUGCUGCCAUCUGAGGUCCAAGGAGAUGAAAGGAAGGAAACAGAACUGGAAGAAGAUGAGAAUCCCGACAAGAUUCCAGAACAAACAAGGGAGAUUGAGGAAGCUUCCGAUUUCAAUACGGAGAUACAUGAAAAGGCUUCCGAAAAUGAGUUACUAAAUGAAACAGAGGAUGCUGCAAUCCACGAGAAACUUGUCAAAGCAAGAACUGAGACAGGGGAAAUCAUAUUGAAUGAAGUUUCAACAGAAAAGGUCAUCUUGGAAGCUCAAAAGACCGGUGAAAAUGAGAAUCCAAUAGAAGAUAAAACUGUUGAGGAUCCAGUCCAAGCUUCAGAUGCCAGGAUUGAAACCGCAACAGCAACAGAAGAGAAUGUUGAGCUAGCACUAGCAGGUUCUGAAGAAAAGCCCGAAUCUGACUCAGAACCAGUGGCUGAAGACCGAAGCAAGGAACCAAUCCCUGAAGACACCAAGAGCCAAGAUGGCGAAACCAACACUGAUGCCCAAAAUAAAGAAACUGAAAAUCAAAUAAAAGAGGAACAGAAAGACAAACUUAAGGACAGUGUUAACAAAGACAAAAAAACAAAAAAGGUUGUGUCUGAAGAGCAGGCUGAUGGUAGUGAAGAUACUAAAGAACAGGUCAUGGAGGAAGAAAGUAGCACAAAUGAACCUGAAGCCAUGUUGGAAGGUGAAACAAUUAUUAGUGAGGUUAUAUCCAAGGAAUUGGAGGAGCAUGGAGCUGUUAUAGAAGAACAGAAAAUAAAAGCAGAAUCAUUUGAAGAUGAAGAAAGCUCACAAUCAAAGAUCACAAAAGAGCUUCAAGGUGCCGUGGAAGAUAGAGCAGCUGCAGUUCAUAUUGUUCCAGGUGAGACAUCAACAGAUAACCUUCAUUCUAUAACCUCUACAUUGCCUUCUGAGGUCAAAGAAAACGAAACAAUGGAAACAGAACUGAAAGAAGAUGAAAGUACAGAGAAUAUUCAAGAACAAACAAGAGAGAUAGAGGAAGUCUCAAAUUUCAACAAGGAGACAUGUAAAAGGGCUUCUGACAAUGAAUUACUCACUGAAACAGAAGAUGCUGCCAACGAAAAGAAAAUUGUCAUGGCAAGAGAUGAGACAGAGGGUGAAGAACAUCAAUGCGAGAAAACAAUUGAAGGAAAUGAAAUCACGAAGGAUAAAGAUUUGGACAAAGAGGUUAUGGAGAACAAGGAAGUUACUGAAAUAUCUUAUUCAACUUCCCAUUUGGAAGAGAUGAUCAAAGAUGGCUCUGGAGAAGAGCUAAAGGAUAAACUGGUUGAAGACAAGAAAUAUGAAGAGCUCAUUGCGGAAACUCAAAAGACCAGUGGAAGCGAGAUAAUUGAAGACCAGAUCAAAGAUAAAACUGUUGAGGAUCCAGGCCAAGCUUCAGUUGUCAAGAUUGAAACCACAUCGGUAACAGAAGAGAAUGUAGCAAUAGCAGGUUUUGGAGAAAAAUCAAAAUCUGAAACAGAAGCAGUGGCUGAAGAACAAAGUAAGGAUACAAUCCCUGAACACACCAAAAGCCUAGAUGAUGAAACCAGCAUUGGUGUUCAGAAUCAAGAAACUGAAGAACAGAUAAAAGAGGAACUGAAAGACAAACUGGAAGAUGAAGACAGCAUCAGCAGUGAACAAAACACGAACGUGGUUACGAAGGCUGUAAUUUUGUCUGAAGAGGUUGAUAAGGAAGUUGAGAAAGUUGAUGGUAUUAAAGAGAUUAAAGAACAUGUCAUGGAGGAAGAAAGUAGCACAAAUGAACUUCAUCCGGUAUCAAAAGGAGACGAAGCAACUAAUGAGGUCAAAGACUACAGUGCCGUCUCAACUGAAUGUAUUAAGGUAGCUGCCUCCAAAGAGCAGAUAAAAGCAGAGGUUGAAGAAAAUUCGACCAAUGACAAAGAAGGAUCCGACCUUACGAAAGAAAUAGAAGAAAGGAGACAGGACGAAGAUUCCAGAGACCCUAUAAAGGAGCACGGUGAAGACAGAGAAGAAGAAAAAAUCGAGGAGAUUAUUGAUGACUCAAAAUUUUGUCAUGAAGAAAGUCCUAUUGAAGCUGUGACAGAAGUAAUAGCAGGGACAAGCUUAAACAACACUGAGGUGAAUGAGGAGCUUGUAAAUACAGCAAAUAUCAGUUCAGUCAAGAUGAGUUUAGAAACCAUUGAAAGUGAUUCUAAUCAAGAGACCAAAGAAAUAGAGAAGGUGCAGCUUGAAGAAACAUCCUCCAACUUGGCACCAGAAGCCCCAACUAACAACAAUGAUGAAGCAGAGAUUACUGAGAGAGAUCUCAAGGCAUUUUACAUGCCCAAAGAUCAGAUUGUUGAAGCCGAGAAUGGCCUAAGUGUGGAAAAGUUGGAAGAAGUAACUGGUGAGCAGAUUCUUGAGACUAAAAUACCAAAGGAGGGGACCACAAGCUUUCCAUUGGUUUCUAAGGAGGAGGAAGAAAAUGUAAGCUCGGUUAAGAAGAUAGAAGAAGAUAAAUUAAGUGAAGCAGACACUUCAGAGAAGAUCUCAGAAGAUCCUUUUGAUGCAAAGGAAGUAGCAGAAACAUGUUCAGAAAAAGAAGCAAUCCAGGAGCUUGACGAUGCUAAGAACGAUGAAGCUGCCACUACUCAAUGUCCCCAAGUGGAGGAAUCAAGUGAGCAAUCUUUGCCUUCAGAAUUGACUGUCGAGAACCUAAAGUGUGGAGCUGAGGCCAAUGAAAAAGAGGAAGAAAAGGUGAAGGAAGUGGAAAUUCUCGAAAAGGAAAGACCUCAGGAGCCUGAAGCUGUUAUGGAUCAAGAAACCAUUAUAGUUCAGGCUUCAAUAACAGAAGGAUCACAAGAGAUUGAAGCAAACGAAGAGAAAAGGAAAGAAGCCAAAAAGCUUGACGAUGGGAACCGUGAAGACUCGUCAGCUGGAGAAACAGAAAAGCUAAAUGAGCUUCAAUUAGUUACUAGAGAAGAAAUUGCUUCUGGUCAGUCUUCCUCAGAAUUGACUGAAGAGAGCCUAAAGCAUGGAGCUGGGGCCAAUGAAGAAGAGGGGGAAAAGGAGAAGGAAGUGGAACUUCUAGAAAAGGAAGGACCUCAGGAGCCUAAAGCUGUUAUAGAUCAAGAAACCAUUAUUGCUCAGGCUUCAUUAACAGAGGAAUCACAAGAGAUUGAAGCAAACAAAGAAAAAAGGAAAGAAACCGAAAAGCUUCACGAUGGGAACCAUGAAGACUCAUCAGCUGGAGUAACAGAAGAGCUAAAUGAGCUUCAGUUAGUUACAAAAAAAGAAAUUGCUUCUGCUCAGUCUUCCUCAGAGAAGCAACUUUAUAUUUCAGCCACUGCUAUAACUAGUGAAAUGCUAGAGCAUGAAACAAAGGAGAAAGAAGAUGAGAAAACAAACGAUAGGCAAAUCAUAAAAGAUGGGACUGAAGAAGAUGCUUCAGAUGCAAGGACAACAGCAGAGAUAUGCUCACAAAAGGACAGCUCUCUCAAGCUAGAAGCUUUUGCAGAAGACGAAGCAACUGCUGGUACAGCUGAGAAGAUAGAAAGUGAGAAAAAAGGCGAAGCAGAAUUCUCACAAGAUAAUGGAGAAGAUGUGAUCUUACAGAAGGAACUGCUUCAGGAGGAUGAAGCUCUUGCAGCAGAAAAUAAUAAUUCGUCGCAGACUAUUCCAACGGAGAAACCUGAGGAGAAGAUUCUCAAUCCUGUUGUCACAUUGCCAUCAGAGGAGCAUGAGCACGAAACCAUCAAUGAAGUUGACAAGCCUGAAGAAGAGAAUAUGAAGGAAGAAGAAACAAAAAUUGGAGAAAUUGAUGGAGUAAAGACAGUGGAAGAGAUAAGCACAGAAAAGGAUGAGAUAAAGGAGGCCAAACCCGUGUUGGAAGUUGAAAAUGAUCACCUUCAUAUCACAACAUCUGCACUGCCUUCUGAGGUCCAAGGAGAUGAAAUGAAUGACAUGGAAUCGAAAGAUGAGAGUCCCGAGAAGAUUCAAGAAAAAACGGGAGAGGUUGAGGAAGCCUCAAAUUUCAAAGCAAAUACAUGCGAAAAGGCUUUAGACAAUGAAUUACUCACUGAAAUAGAAGAUGCUGCAAUCAAAGAGAAUCUUGUCAAAGCAAGGGAUGGGUCAGGGAGUGAAGUAAACCAGUGUGAGAAAACAAAUGAAGGAAAUGAAAUCCCACUGAAUGAAGUUUCGGUAGAACAGGUCACAAAGAACAAGAAACUUACUGAAACAACUUAUUCAACUUCUUGUUCGGAAGAUCUGAUUACAGAUGGCUCUGGGGAAGAUGAGGUAAAGGAAAACCCGACUGAAGGCAAGACAUAUGGAGAGCUCGUUCAGGAAGUUCAAAAGACCAGUGAAAUUGAGAUAAUUGAAAACCAGAUUAGAGAUAAAACUUUUGAGUAUCCAAGCCAUGCUUCAAUUUCCAGGAUUGAAACUAUAACAGUAACAGAAGAGAAUGUUGAGCCAGCACUAGCAGGUUUUGAAGAAAAGCCCAAAUCUGACUCGGAACCCGUGGCUGAAGACCAAAGUAAUGAAACAAUCCCUGAAGACAUCAAGAGCCAAGAUGAUGAAACCAGUCAAGAAACCAAGGAACAUAUUACAGAGGAACUGAAACACAAACUGAAGGAUGAAGUCUAUAUUAACAGAGAAGAAAAUGAAAACGAGGUUACCAAGGUUGUCGUUUUGUCUGAAAAGGUUGAUAAGGAAGUCGAGAAAGCUGAUGGUAGUGAAGCCAUCAAAGAACAUGUCAUGGAGGAAGAAAGUAGUACAAAUGAACUUCCUCCAGUAUCAAGAGGAGAUGAAGCAAAUAAGGCAAAAGACUACAAUUCAGUCUCAACUGAAUGUAUCAAGGAAGCUGAGUCCAGAGAGCACAUAGAAGCAGAACAAACAGAGGUUGAAAGAAAAUCAACCCAUGACAAAGAAGGAUCCCACAUUAUAGAAGAAUUAGAAGAAAGGAGAAAGGGUGAAGAGUCCACAGAUCCUGCAAAAGUGUCCAGUGAAGAUAGAGAAGCAGAAGAAAAAGCUGAUAUUAUCGACGACUUGAAACUCUGCCAUGAAGAGAGUCAUAUUGAAGUUGUGACAGACUUAAGAGCACAGACGAGCUUAAACGAUGCUGUGAAGGAGGAGCUCAUAAAUACAUUGAAUAUCAGCUCAGUCAAGAUGGGUCUAGAAACCAUUAAAGGUGAUGCCAAUCAAGAGACUAAAGAAGUAGAGAUGGGGCAGCUUGAAGAUAUAUCCUCCGACUUGGCACUUGAAAUCCCACUUAAUGACAACAAUGAAGUGGAGGUAAUCAAAAGAGAUGCUGAUGCACUUUACAUGCACAAAGAUCAGGUUGCUGAACCUGAGAAAGGCCCAACAGCAGAACUGGAAGCCAAUAAAACUGAAGACGGUGAAGAGAAACCGGAUGAGCAACUUCAAAGUUCUGCUUGCACAUUGCUUUCUGAGGGUGAAAAUAUCAGAAUUGCAAACCCGAUUGAGAAUAUUGAAGAAGAGAUCCAGAAGGAUGCUGAAAUAAAACAUGAGAGCCGAGAAGAUUCUUCUGACACAAAGAGAAUAGAAGAGGUACGCUUGCCAAAUGAAGAACAAGGAGAGCUUAAAGCAGUAGACACAAUUGCUGAUAAGGGUCUUCCUAAUGAUGAACCAGAGGAGAAAAUUCAAACUAUAUUUUCAACAUUGGCUUCCAAGGAAAGCGAACAUGGAACUGGAGCCAUAAAUGAGGAGAUAGAAUAUGGCAAAACAAAGGAAGAAAUACCCAAAAAGCUAGAUGCUGUUGCAGGAGAUGAAAUAACUGGUGAGCAGACUCUUGAGACUAAUAAACCAGAGGAGAAGACUACAAGCUCUCCAUUAGUUUCGGAGGAGGAAGAAAAUGUGAGCAAAGCUGAAAAGACAGAAGAAGAGAAAAUAAAUGAAGCAGACAUGAGUCUGGACAAGAUUUCAGAAGAUCCUUCUGAUGCAAAGAAAAAAGCUGAGACAUGCUUAGAAAAACAAGAGUUUCAGGAGCUUAAUGAUGCAACAAAGGAUGAAACUGCUGCUGCUCAAGCUCUUCAAAUGGAGGAAUCAAAUGAACAAUCUUUGUAUUUAGAAUUCCCUGUUCAGAACCCAAAGCAUGAAGCUGAUGCCAGCAAAGAAGAAGAAAAGGUGAAGGAACCUGAAAUGCUUGAAAAGGAAGGACCUGGUGAGCCUGAAACUAAGGAGACAGAAGAUGAGAAAAUGAGCGAAGGGGAAAUCAUAAAAAUCAAGACAGAAGAAGAAGCUUCUGAUGCACAGAUUACAGUAGAGAUAAGCUCACAAAAGCAAAGGUCCAUUGGGCUAGAAGCUGUCAAAGAAGAUGAAAUGACUGCUGGUACAGCCGAGAAGAUAGAAAGUAAGAAAAUGGAGGAAGCAAAAUUCCUACAACGUGAUACUAGAGAUGAUGUGACCUUGCAAAAGGAACAGCUUAAGGAGGAUGAAGCUCUUGCAGUAGAUGAUAGUGCUACUUCUCAGACUACCGCAACAGAGAAACCCGAGGAGCAAAUUUCAAAUUUGGUUGCCACAUUGCAAUCUGAGGAGUAUAAGCACAAAACUGUCAAUGAAGUUGACAAUACCGAAGAGGAUGAUAUGAAGGAAAAAGAAACGAAAAAUGGACACAUUGAUGGAGUAAAGAAAGAGGAAAAGAUAAGCCAGGAAAAGGACAAGAUAAAGGAAGCCGAAGCCAUUUUGAGAGGUGAAACUAACCACCUUCAUAUCACAACCUCUGUAUUGCCUUCUGAGGUCCAACGAGAUGAAAUGAAUAAAACAGAAUUUAAAGAAGAUGAGGGUCACGAGAAGAUUCUGGAACUAAAAGGAGAGGUUGAAGAAGCUAUGAAUUUCAAAAGGGAGAUACAUGAAAAGGCUUUUGACAAUGAACUACUCAACGAAGAAACAAAAGAUGCUGCAAUCAAAGAGAAUAUUGUCAAAGCAAGAGAUGGGACAGGCGGUGAAGAAAAUCAGUGUGAGCAAAGAAAUGAAGGAAAUGAAAUCAUACUGAAUGAAGUUUCAAAAGAAGAGGUUGCAUCUUAUUCGACUUCCCAUUCAGAAGGGCCGAUCAAAGAUGAGGCAAGAGAAAAUGUGGGUAAGGAUGAACCGAUUGAAGACAAUACAUUUGAAGAGCUCAUUGUGGAAGCUCAAAAGACCAGUGAGAAUGAGAUAAUCGAAAAGCAGAUAAAAAAUGCAGUUGUUGAGGAUCAAAGCCAAGCUUCAGCUGUCGGGAUUGAAACCACAACAGAAUCAAGCUCCAAAAUAUCCAUUGCAGAAGGCAAUCAAAUACUCAAUGAUAUUCAGCUGACUGAUGAAACAACAAAGACAGCAUCUGAUAAGCAGAUUCCAAGGGAAUUUGAUCACAUUGAGAACAUGGAGAUAACAAGUUUGGUCGUCGACGAAUAUUUUCGGAUAGAUUUGCAGGACAGAGUUGAUCCGCAAAAGGCUGAAAUCGAAGAUGUCGAAGAGAUCUAUUCAGGAGGAGUAGAACAUGCUGGAGAAAAAACAGCAAAUAAUUCAAGUGAAGAAAUAAUCAAGGAGUCUGUAUCCAUGGAAGAUUUGACUAAGAUAUCAUCAUCUGACCAUGUCGAAAGCUUCACGAAAGGAACUUCACAAUUGACUCGAGACUUGAUUGAGAGAGAAGCAAAAGAUGAAACUGAUGCUUCCCGAUUUCUUCUUGUGGACAAACAAGAGAAUAAAUAUCCAGCUCCAGUAGAUGCAGGAGAAGAAAAAGAACAGAUGGAAGUGGAAACUCGAGAUAAAGAUUCUUCAGAUACGAAGAUUGGAGACAAUAUAUGCUCGGAGAAGGAAGAAAAAAAGGAGCUAAAAUCUGUUGUGGAGGAAAAAUCUAUAGUUAUCCAACCUCCACAAACAAAGAUCAAUGAGGACCUGGUUUCUCAUUUUGAAGAUGGCAGCAAAGAAGAUGAACAUACUGGAGACAAAACAAAAGAAACCUUCGAAGUCCCAACAUAUGAAAUUCAAAACGAAAAGCCGACCUUGGAAACUCCAAAGGAUGCUGCAAGCGACAAUAUCGAGAAAGAGACUGUUGCUAAAGAUGAAACCGUGAAGGAUGACAUGAAAGAAGCCACUAUAGUAGAGGAGAUUCCAGGAGAGAAAGAUCCUAUUGAGUGCAAAAAGACAACAAAUUCAAUUGGCAAGCAACAGUUUCCAAAAGAACAGCAGGAUGAAGCUUCUGAAACCUCAGACAAAGUUGUAGUUGGAGAUUUGGAACCUAGAAAUGCUCGAGAGAUAUAUUCAGAAGCAGGACCCGAUAACGGAAAAGAGAAAAGACCAGAGAAUGCAGGUGCUGAAAAAUCUGAGGAACCUGAAUCAGAGGAUUCCGCUAAGCUAUCAUUGUAUGACCUACUCCAACGAUCCACAAGAGAAUUACAAGGAGCUAAAAAUGUGAUUGAAGAAAAGGAACUAGUGGUAAGCAAGGAAGAACCACCAGAGGAAGAAGCAAAAACAGAUGAAGAUGAAGGUGAUGAAAACAGUAAGACAGAACCUGGCAUUAAACCACAUAAAAAAUCUCAUAACAUACUGUCAGGUGUUGGAUCGAAAGUGAAGCAUUCGAUUUCCAAGAUGAAGAAGGCAAUUACUGGUAAAUCAUCUCAUUCAAAAGAAUCGAAACCAAUAUCACCAAAGGAGAGCAAGAAAUGAGGAUGAUCCAAAUCCAAUUGUGUCAAUCAACAAAGAAUCACAUAUGCUUAGGUGGUUUCUAAUAAUGGUUUGUUUUCAGUCAAAUUGUUUUAUGUUCAUGGCAUUGUUUGCUUAAGCUUGGAGUAUUUUUACAGCAUAUUGAGAAAGUGGUGUUUCAAGUUAAUUUUUCAUGAAAAUACUGGGAGAGUAAGCAUGACUGUAAAACAGAGUAUUACGAAGUCGCAAUAUUUCUAAGCUUGCUAUAAUCACAUUUAUGCCGAUCAGUUUGUUCAUUAAA